GGAAGAAGAAGAAGAAGAAGAAGAAGAAGAAGAAGAAGAAGAAGAAGAAGAAGAGGAAUAGGACGGAUCACUUAGAGACAAAGGAGGAAACAUCAGAUCUGUAUUUGAGCUUCCAUAGCAACGAGGGAGAGCAGCUCUGCAGCCUCUUCAGCAUCUUCAGCCUCUUCAGCAUCUUCAGCAUCUUCAGCCUCUUCAGCCUCUUCAGCGUUGAAGUCGGCAGGAAGACUUUGCUGGGAUUGUAUUGGUGAAAGGAGGAUUUCGGUGAAGCUGAGGCACAAACAUGAACCAAACAGCAUCCGUCUCGCAUCAGAUCGAGUGUCAGCCAAUCAAGGACAGCAAGGAGUUUGUGGACGUCAGCCCCGCCCAGAGGAACUGGAAGGGCAUCGCCAUCUCCCUGCUGGUGAUCGUGGCGGUGUGCUCGCUCAUCACCAUGUCCGUGGUCGUCCUCACGCCCGCCGAGCAGCCCAGCAGCGGCCGCUCCAGGCUGACGGUGUCGGACCUCUACGAGCCGGAGUUCAGCGUCCACGACCCCGAGGCCAAGUGGAUCAGCAACUCCGAGGUGGUCUACAGGAACCGAGACGGUCACGUCAUCAAGUUCAACUUCGCCUCCAACGAGACGGAGGUCAUUCUGACCAACAGCACGUUUGUGGCCUUCAAAGUGGUGAAGUACUCGCUCUCUGCCGAUCUGAAGUUCGCGCUCUUCGCUUACGACGUCAAACAGGUGUUCAGAUGUUCCUACACGGCGUCGUACAUCGUCUACAACAUCUACACCAGGGAGGUCUGGGAGCUGAACCCUCCAGAGGUCCAGGACGCGGUGCUGCAGCACGCCGCCUGGGGAACACAAGGACAACAGCUGAUCUACAUCUUUGAGAACAACAUCUACUACCAGGCAGAUGUGAAGAGCAACUCCCUGAGAAUCACCUCCUCCGGGGUGGAGGGAGUCAUCUUCAACGGCCUGAGCGACUGGUUGUACGAAGAGGAGGUCCUGCGCUCCCACCUGGCUCACUGGUGGUCGCCCGACGGAGAGCGGCUGGCCUUCCUCGCCAUCAACGACUCGCUGGUGCCCAGCAUGGUGCUGCCCCAGUUCACCGGCAGCGCCUACCCCAGAGGACUGCAGUACCCGUACCCCGUGGCCGGUCAGAAAAACCCCAGCGUCACGUUGUCAGUGGUCAACCUGUUCGGAGCGACGCACACGCAGGAGCUGCAGCCUCCGGAUCAGAUCAGGGAUUUCUACGUCACCAUGGUGACGUGGAUCAGUAACACGCACCUGGCGGUGCGCUGGAUCAACCGGCCCCAGAAUGCAUCAGUGCUGACGGAGUGCGACGCCACCAUCGGCGUCUGUAAGCCGAGACACCGGGACUCUUCUGAGACCUGGCUCUCCAUGCAGACACAGAAGCCGCUGUUCUCCAGGGACACGAGCCGCUUCUUCCUGUCUCUGCCCGUGAAGCAAGGAGGACAAGGCGACUUCCACCACGUCACCAUGUUCUCCAGAAAGCCCCGAAGCGACCGGGACGAAGUGCGGCGCCUGACGUCGGGCGACUGGGAGGCGACGGAGCUGCUGGCCUACGACGAGAACAACCACAUCAUAUACUUCCUGAGCACAGAAGACGCCGCGGAGCAGAGACACGUGUACAGUGUGUCCACCCUGGGCCUGUUUCCGCGGCGAUGCCUCACCUGCGGACUGAAGGAGGGCUGUCUGUUCUUUGGCGCCGACAUCAACCCGGACGCGCAGCACGCCGUCCUGCACUGCAGAGGUCCGGGAGUUCCAGCCGUGCUGCUUCUGAGUCUGGACGACGUGGACUCGUACUUCAUCCUGGAGAACAACCUCCCGCUGCGGGCGGCGCUGGAGGCCAAGAAGAGGGUCCGGACUGAAAUCCGGAUGAUCAGCAACGAUGGCUUCGAGCUGCCGCUGAAGCUCAGCUACCCUCCCGACUUCAGCGAGUCCCUCCUCUACGGCGUGCUGCUCGUCGCCACCAGCUCCCCGGGCGGCCAGGCGGUGACGGAGGAGUUCGGGCUGGACUGGGCCUCGGUGCUGGCGGGGUCGGAGCAGGUCAUCGUGGCGCGGCUGGACGGCAGGGGGUCGGGGUUCAGAGGUCGGAGGGUGUCCCAGCAGGUCCACCGGAGGCUGGGCCUCGUGGACGCAGAGGACCAGAGAGCAGCUCUGCGGUACCUGUCCAAGCUGCCCUUCGUCGACCGCACCCGCGUGGGCGUCUUCGGCGAGAACUACGGCGGCUUCCUGGCGCUGACGAUGCUCAGGUCCACGGAGGAGCUGAUCGGAUGCGCUGCGGCUCAGGCUCCCGUCACCGACUGGUCCCUGUACGCGUCGGCGUUUUCCGAGCGAUACCUCGGAUCGCCUUCGACUGAGGAGAACUCGUACCAGGCAUCCAGAGUCCUGAGUGGCAUGAAGGCUCUGCAGGGAGGAACCUUGUUUCUGGCUCACGGCACAGCGGACGCAAACGUCCACUUCCAGCACUCAGCUGAGCUCAUCAAGCACUUGAUAAAGAUCGGAGCCAACUACACCAUGCAGAUCUACCCGGACGAGGGACACUUCCUGUCGCGGCGCAGCCGGAUGCAGCUCACUCAGUCCCUCGUCAACUACUUCAGCGGAUGUCUGCUCGCCUCGGCGUCCUCGCCGGACCGCCGCCGGUGGGACGACGGCGACGAGUGAGCGGCGACCCGCGAGCGCAGCGGCACCAACACGUGACUCCUCCUCAAACACCCUCAGUGGAGUAAAGCCGACGUAGUCGCGAUGCAGAUGGAGCUGAAGCAUCGCGUCUCGCUGUUAAAAUGCUACGUAAGGUGGGGGUGGGGGGUUGUGGGGUUAAAUCAAAUCUGUCUUUUUGACACAAAGUCAUCCGAAGUCUGGCCUUAUUUUGUGCUGUUUUCACGCCGUUCAAAAGCAACGAGCAGUAAAGUCAUUCAUGCCUCAAUAAGCAGGAAUCAAAGUAACGCAGACAUCAAACGCUCCCAUGUUCCAAUGAACCUCUGCGUUGGUCUUCUUAACUUAUUUAUUGCGCUUAGUGUUCAAGCUAUUUGUUCAUCACCUCUUUUCCUAACCCUUCUUUGGGGAUUUAGUCCCUGUGUUUCUUGACGUGAUGGAACCUGGUGCGUUGUGGUCUGUGUCAUUAGUCGCUGCUUCCUGUUCCCCUUUCAUCCUCUCUGCUGGUCGCUUUUUAAACCACGUAAUGUUGCUUUUUUCCCCCACUGAACACACACAUAUAUACCAUUUGUGUUCUGUGGCCUUGGUUUGAAAGCCGUGUCCUAAUUUGUUAAUAAAAACGUGAUUCUGGGU